AAAAUAGUAACAGCCUGUCACACCGAUUAAUGAAUUCAAGCAUUGAUGCUGGACAAACGAUUAGGUUGCUACGUCAUAACGCCAAGGUACUGUGUGGUGUUAUUUCAAGCACAGUGACCUUCAAUUUUUCUUUUCAGUGAAAUGGAAAAGGCGCGAAUAUGCACGUUUUUGAUUACCGGUGGCAGUGGAUACUUUGGUUUCCGCCUUGCCUGCUCACUACAUAAAAAGGGAGCUAAAGUCAUUCUGUUUGAUAUGAGCCCACCCAGCCUAGAGGUUCCAAAGGGCAUUGUGUUCCUAAAGGGAGAUAUUCGUGAAUAUGCUCAGGUGGAGAAGGCGGUCACUGGCAUGGACUGUGUUUUCCACAUCGCCUCCUACGGCAUGUCUGGCAGGGAGCAGCUGAACAGGAAGCUGAUUGAAGAGGUGAAUGUCCAGGGCACAGAGCAUGUCCUCAUGGCCUGUGUAGAGGCUGGAGUUUCCAGGCUCAUCUACACUAGCACCUUCAAUGUAGUGUUCGGGGGCCAAGUCAUUGAGGGUGGUGACGAAAGCCUCCCCUACCUACCUCUCCAUCUCCACCCUGACCACUACUCCAGAACCAAGUCGGUAGCUGAGAUGGCCGUGAUGAAAGCCAGUGGUACAGAGCUGAAAGAUGGGACAGGUGUGUUGAGGGCCUGUGCUCUGCGUCCAGCCGGUAUAUACGGGCCUGGCGAGCAGAGGCACCUGCCCAGGAUCGUUGGGUACAUAGAGAAGGGGAUAUUCAGGUUUGUGUAUGGCGAUCCGAGAAGUUUAGUGGAGUUUGUCCAUGUAGACAACCUGGUGUCUGCACACGAACUGGCUGCAGAGGCUCUGACGUCAGAGCACCAGCACCGCUCUGCUGGACAGGCAUACUUCAUCUCAGACGGAAGACCUGUCAACAACUUUGAGUUCUUCAGACCUCUGGUGGAGGGUUUGGGUUACUCUUUCCCCAAACUACGUCUACCACUCUCUCUCAUUUACUUUGUUGCAUUCCUCACUGAGAUGAUUCACCAUCUCAUCGGCCCGAUCUAUAACUUCCAGCCUCUGCUCACACGCACAGAGGUGUAUAAGACCGGCGUGACGCAUUACUUCAGCAUGGCGAAGGCCAAGGCCGAGCUGGGUUAUGAGCCCCAGGAGUAUAACCUGGAGGAGGUUGUGCAGUGGUUCAAGAGUAGAGGUCACGGAAGAAAACCUAGGAGUUCACGUCUACAGCGACUGAUACUAGAUGGUCUUCUAUUAGCAGCUCUAGUAGCUCUGGCCCUCUCAUACCUCCCAGUGGUUGGCAGUUAAUCAGCAGGCAGUAAUAAAGUGAUACAUCUCAAUGGCACAUUUAAAUGUUGAAACUUGUGCUAUACUAAUGAUGAUGGAUUGUUUGGUUCUCCGUUUAUUAAUUACAAUGUUGGCAGUUUGUAAAAAAAAAAAAAAAAAAAUUAAAAUAAAUAUUAUUAACCUGGAG